AUUCAACCUUUUUUGUAGCGAGGAUGGCGCGCCGCGAUCAGAUCAUUGCGCUGCUCGAGCCGUACCCGCGACUGAGCGACGUCGACCAGUCUUCGUUGCCGACGCUGAUCGAGCUCAUGAUUGAGAACGAGCGCAGGGAAGAGCACAUGAUCGAGACGCUGUCCUUCUUCAUGGCGCCCGAGCACGCCCGCCUCGCAACCCAAGCAGUGCUUCAUGCUGUUAACAGUACAAGUAGUACAGAAUUGCCCGUGACGGAUUUGUCAUCCGUCGCCGUUGUUCCACCAAAAUCGUCUAUAGUGGCACACAAGCAACCGAAUCGCGCGACACAGCGUGCUGCCAAGACCCUGGCGGCAGACAAAUCUCGAACCCCCGCUGGACGGCUCCAACAAGCUCUCGCUGGUUUUGCCCGGCAGGCCAAUGCAGCACACUCUGUUUCAGAAACCCACGGCGUUGGAGCCCCUUCUUCACAACCAGCAAGGCCAAUCAGUCUGAGGCUCAGUGGAACUCCAGCAAUUCCGCAGGCGAUGGCGUUUGCGUCUUCCGCUGCAGGCAGUGGCAUCACGGGCAAGUUCCACGCUCGCGAUCGCGCACUAAAUCAGCAGCAUCAACGGCAAGUUGCGGUGAACCAUGCAAUGCCUGCGGCGUGGGAAGCAUCUACAUCUUUGGCAAGCAUGGAUGAUCAAACCGCAACAGCCUUCGAUACACAAUCAUCGACUGUGCCUCCUGAGGGAAGCAGUGCGCACUCGUACAUCUUCUCCAAGCCGCUCUGUCAAUACUGGCCGCGAUGCAAGUGGGGUGAUGAAUGCAAGUUUCACCAUCCCUCCGAGUUAUGCAGAAAAUUCCCAGCUUGCCCGUUCGCCUCAUCGUGUUAUUUCAUCCAUCCUAGCGUACCUUGCAAGUACGGCAUGCAAUGUACUCGUUCUGGGUGUGCAUACAACCAUACCGCAUAACCAAUUCCAAAAGGACAAAUACAUUUAUUUGCACAAA